AUGCUGAAUCUGCCCCCCACAACGCUGCUAGGAGUCGCCCCGGUCCCACGGAACGCGGUCCGGGUUGCCUCCCGCGGGCACGUUGGGGCUCGGCGGCUCGGCCGGUUGACACCCUGUCAGUCAACGCUGCAGGCAGCGGUUGGACGCCAGAGAGGCCACGGCAGCCUUCUGAUUGGUCAGCGCCUUCUGAGUGUCAGCGCGCCGCGAGCCCCUGCGGCCGUUGGCAGGGCGGAAGCGGAAAUCGGUGGCGUGGCCGCGGCGGGAGGAAUGAAACCGGGUCCGGGCCGGCCGCGGCGGUUCUUGGGAGUAUUGAUGGUGUUCAUACUGCCUCCGGUGCUGCUGGGGGGCGCUGGUGCGACGUCACCGGGCGAGGAACGGCGCGGCGGCGACAACAACGACGGUGCCGAGGAUCGCAUCGUACUGCUCUAUGAGGGCUUCCUGUCCCAGUACCAGGCCCCCCGCCGCUUCUGUUACACCAACACCCGCGUCCCACAGUGGCACGAGAUAUGGACACGGACACAGAUCCGGGUCAACAGCAGCCGGAUGAUCCGAGUCACCCAGGUGGACAGCGAGGAGGAGCUGGAGGAUUUCAGCCUGUGGAGUGUCCUCUUCUCCUUUCUGAAGGAGAAGCUGAAUGACACCAGCAUCGAUGUAGAUCUCUACAGCAACAAAACCUGCCUGAAGGUCGACCUGCUGGACACCAACACCGAGUACUGCGUUGUCCUCUUCCGACGUUUUGACCCUAAGCUGUUCCUGGUUUCCUUCCUGGGCUUGUUGUUGUUCUUCUGUGGGGACAUGCUGAGCAGGAGCCAGCUCUUCUACUACUCAGCUGGGAUUAGCUUUGGCUUGCUGGCCUCACUGCUGGUCCUUGUCUAUGUGAUGUCCAAGGUCAUGCCCAAGAAAAGUCCUGUUUACCUCCUGCUGGUGGGAGGUUGGUCCUUUUCCCUCUACCUGCUCCAGCUGAUCUUCAAGAACCUGCGGGAGAUCUGCAAGUCCUACUGGCAGUAUCUCCUGGGCUACCUGCUGCUGGUGGGCUUGGUGAGCUUUGGGGUCUGCUACCGGUACGGCCCCCUGGAGAACGAGCGCAGCAUCAACCUCCUGUCCUGGGCCCUGCAGCUGCUGGGGCUGCUGCUGCUCUACUCAGGCAUCCAGAUCCACCCCAUUGCCUUGGCCCUGGUGGUUGUUGCCAUCUGCACCAAGAAUGUGGACUACCCUCUGCGCUGGGCCUUUGCUGUCUACAGGAGAGUGCAGAGUGCCAGGCAGGGCCCGAGCCCCCCUCGCCUACUGACAGAGGAGGAGUACAGGCUGCAGGGGGAGGUGGAGACUCGCAGGGCCCUGGAGGAGCUUCGCAACGACUGCAAAAGCCCCAAGAUCUCUGCCUGGUCUGUGGUGUCUCGCAUCCAGUCCCCCAAGAGGUUUGCUGAGUUUGUGGAUGGUGCCAGUCAUGUCACCCCCAGUGAGGUCUCUCUCCACGAGCAGGAGUAUGGCCUGGGUGGCAUUUUCCUGGAGGAUCAACUCUUUGAGGAGGAUGGAGAGGAAGAGGAGGAGAAGGGAGAUGACUUCUUGGACAGGAAUCACACAAGUUAUUCCCUGGCCCACAACCACGUGGGUGCUGCAUGA